UUCAUUCUCAUUUUGUGAAGCUGUGAAGCUCUAAAGGCCAGAGAGAAGAAUGUUGGAGCUGAGGCUAGUUCAGGGAAGCCUCCUGAAGAAGGCUUUUGAGGCUUUCAAAGACUUUGCCCUAUUCGACGCCCAUUUCGACUUUUCCGACGCCGGUUUCUUGCUCCAAGCUAUCGACUCCAUAGGCGUCCCUUUGGUGGCCUUUCUUCUCCGUUCCCAGGCCUUCGAGCAUUACCGUUGCGACCGUAGCAUCUCCAUGGGAGUGAACCUCGGCAACAUGGCCAAGAUAUUCGAUUGCGCCGGUGACCACGACAGCACCGUCAGAGCUGAUGAUGGUGCUCCCGAUUUCAUCACCUUCGUCUUCGAAAACCCCAUUCAAGCUAAGGUUUCUCGUUUUGAAAUGAACCUGAUGGACAUAGACACGGAGCGUCUAAAUAUACCUGAAUAUCAAGAAGCAGAAUUUCAGGCCAUUGUUAGGAUGCCGUCGUCCAAGUUUGCUAGGAUUUGCAACGAACUUAACACCAUUGAUACUGAUACUGGUACUGGUACUGUUGCGAUAUCUGUGACCCAGGAAGUUGUAAAGUUUUCUACUAGAGGUGAUAUUGGUAUUGCUACUAUAAUUUGCAGACAGAAUACUAAUGUGGACAAGCCAGAAGAAGCCACUGUUAUAACAAUGAAAGAACCAGUCAGAUUGUCCUUUGGUCGUUGGUACCAGAAAGCAUUUACUGAGGCAACCAGUAUGGCAGACCAGGUGAAAAUCAGCCUCUCAUCAGAUUUACCAUCUGUAGUUGAGUAUAAAGUGGCAGAGAUGGGCUGCAUGAGGUUCUAUACUGCUUAAGCUUGAACUAAUACCAGGUCUCGAGUAGAAACCAAAGCAAAAACAGAAACUGACCUUGUAGGUGAACACCAAGCCAAAUUUGGAGAUAAAGAAGCCUAAAGAAGAGACUAAGCCUCUAGGUAUCAAUACAAGGACCAAUAGUAGAUUCAAAGUCAAUUUACUGAAAGCAAGCUUCAAAUGGAUGCCAAAAGGUGGAAUUAGGGAUGUUUGAGUAGCUAUAGUUAAACUAAUUGCCUCUGCUUUUCCAUACUUGACUUCAGUACUCUUCUAAGUUCAGAGGUUUUAAUAUUUUUGAGAUGAAUGGAGGCAAUAAUCUUUUGAUGCAAG